UAUUUUGUCGGCCCACAGCAGUGACCGUAAGGCGCCAGAGCUUUUUAUAUGUUUCUGCCUGUCUUUGCUCCAUGCCUGCCAUAAUCCAAAAGAAACUACAACGACGCUAGCUGGACAUAACGUGAAGAAAACACCCUCAGUUAUCUGCUUCAUGGACUUGUGCAACCUUUACUCUCUCCGCUAACUCCGCUAGCUUGACAUGGCUGCUAACCCUCCAGGACCAGGCUUUCAGAACAAGACGCGGGUGGCCAUCCUGGCGGAGCUGGACAAGGAGAAGAGGCGGCUGAUGCAGAGCCAGUCCAUGAACAGCCCCGGAGCCAACAUCCCCCUGUCGUCCAGACCCAGCCUGAAGGAGGUGAGGGACAGCGCGGAGCAGCAGCACAUCGCCGCCCAGCAGAAGGCCGCCCUGCAGCACGCCCACGUCCACUCGUCCGGCUUCUUCAUCACUCAGGACUCCUCGUUUGGCAACCUCAUCCUCCCGGUGCUCCCCCGGCUGGAGCCAGACUUUUGACUCUGAACUUCCCACAGAACAUACUGAGCAGUGCCCGGCCCGGGUGGACAUUAACAGCAGCUCACAUGCAAAUGAUACAAUUGUCUCCUCUCUGGGUUUUUGUCCUGUAAUCAAUUUAAUGGUGAUUUAGAUGUCCACUAAACUGCACUUACAGAAUAAAACAUGAUAUUUGAAUGCAGUCAGUGUUGCUC